CCUCCUUAAACUUCUCUACUCACCUUUGUCUCUUCUACAUACAGACACACACCUCUGCUUCUUCCCCAACAUACACACUAAUAAUCCCUUUUGCACACUCACUGUGUGUGUCCCUGUGUGUGUUUCUGCAUUCUUGAAAAAGGGUUUCUUCUUUCUUGAAUCUUCCUACCCUAAACCAGAAAGAGGGUACCCUGUGUUUCUUUAUUAUUACUACUUGUGUGGUGAAAUAUAAUGGUGGCAAAGGCUGAGAAAAGUGGUGGUGGAGAGGCUGCCGCGGCGGCGGCGGUUGCGGUGGUGGUGGGUGAGCCGUCAAAUCAUCAUCAUCAUCAUCUAUCACGUCGCCACCGAAGAAGCUUCGUCAACAAACCUUCUUGGCUUCUCUGCACCAUUGCUGAUUUGGACGAGAGGAUGAAAAUGCUGACGAUGAAAAAAAUACCUAAACAGAGCAGCCCCGACAGUUUCGCUGCACGAGCUAAUUCCUACUACCACGAGCGCCCUCAGCUGCUGUCGUUACUCAAUGAACUGUACAACAGCUACCUCUCUUUGGCCGACCGUUACUGUCAGUCACUCUCCAAGAACCACCAUCAGAACCGCCACAGCCGAUGCUCCUCCCCGAUUCCGAUCUUGAAUUUUGAUGAUGAAUACACUGGAGAAGUUAUUGAUUCGGAUGCGGAGAGUUCACUGUCUUUCCAGACUACUCAAACUGUAUCCCCUGUAAAAGCCAAAGCUAAAGAAACGGACAUUGAUAUGGUGAUGGCAGAUUUAGUUAUGAAAAGUGUGGAGUACGAUAUUGUUCUGAACGAGCUUACAGUGGUGGAGAAGAGGUGGGGCGAGUCGUCUAGGAAAAUGGAGCUGCAGAAGAACCUGUUGGAUGUGCUGGAUUCGGAGAGGCUGAUUCUGCUGAACGACAAUGCCACGCUGGCGUACAGGGUGGCGGCACUGGCGGAGGAGAACAAAGGGCUGGCUUCCGAGUCCUUAUUCUUGAAGAGGAAAACUGCUGAGCUGGCGAGGUGCGUACUGAAGACGAGGGAGGAUCAUAGGGUUUGCAUGCUGAGUAGGAAAAUCGAAGAUCUUCAGGGGCAGAUUUACGGGCUGGAGAAGAGGAAUAAGGAGUACUACGAGCAACUUGUGAAACAAGAAGAGAAGAAGAACAUGUCCUCCAAGAAGAGCGGUAAGGGUGGAGAAGAGGUGAAUUUGGAGGACUGUUUUCAGGCAAGGGGCGGUGGUGGUGGUGCAAGUCUCGGUAAAUACUUUAGCUUCAAGGUGAAGAAGGUUGGCGGUGGUAAGAGCGGAAAAGGUGGUGGUGCAGAAGGUAGAAGGGGUUUGAAGCUGUGGGAUAAGGUGAAGAAGUUCGAUUUGCUGUUCCCUUGUGGCCCACAGUUCGAUCCUGCAAGUUCUUGAAACAGAGGCCACACUCUGCAAAACAAUUUCAAGAUGACAGACAGUAGCAUAGUAUUUUGCUGAUCUAUAUCAAUAUAUGUAAUAUUAUAUAACAGUUUAUAUAUGCUCUAUUUACAUGCAGAAAAUGAAGCCAAGUCUUAUUGC